AUUAAAAGAUAAUGCACCUGUGAAAAGUUCACUGACACCAAAAGGCGUUUAUAUCUAAAAACGUACUAAAGUUUGUACUUAUGUUGAGACUCUGAUAACUUGUUUAUUCUAGAGUAAUAUUGUAGAUCUUUUAUAAUGACUUGGUUUGUGGUAACACCACGGUUGUUUGUAUCCACCUGCCACGUAGAGUCAGUUCUUAGAGAACCGUCUUUCUGUAUUGUACUACCGCGUAGUUAUCGGAUUGUUCGGGAAAACUAUCCUCCUUUUUAACCACUAUACCCGGGCAGAGGUAUAGAAGAUGUUGUAGAUCUUCUGGGACAAUGAAGUUGCUUUGAUCGCUUUUCCUUAAAUGGCGAUAUUUUGUUGUUAAGCUUACAAAAGUGAGUUAUGUAGGGAAAUACUUUGUGACAUUUGUGUUCUAAAUAAUGUAUUGUCUUCCAACUUCAAAUAAGUUAGAAAACUACAUUUUAAAAUAGGUAAUUAAAUAAAAGUCAAUACAUUUGUUUAUAUAUGAAUGUAUUAUGAUUGGUAUAAAAACAACCCUGUACGAAAAGUAUACGAAGUUAACGAAGUUUUUGAACUUUAGCUAGAACAAAACAUGCCUGUUGUUUAAUAGAAUGACUGGCCAAACCUAAACAUUUGAACACAGAACCAAUGCUAUGUUAAUUAAACGAUAACUAUUCUUAAAAUAAAUGCUUUUGCGAAGUUACAUGGAAAUGAUUUUCGAACGAGCUGUUUAUAGAGCUAACGGAAAUACAUGUAUCAAUGAGAAUACUCGUAUAUUUUAAUAUGAGUCGGAGUCUGUAAAGUUUUGAAAAAAGUUGUUUGCAGAGAGCAGAAACCCACCUCGACCCCGCAAAAUACAAAUUGUCUCCAAGAGCCCAAUUGGAAUCAAUAUAGCAAUGCUAUAAUAAUUAUACGAUGAAAUCAAACUGUUCUUGAUGAACGACGGAGCCCAUAAUAUGCAGAGUUGUGAGGAAAACAAAAACCCUACUAGUUAAACGCCACUUUAUCUUGCAAAAGUUUGGCGACCUAACUGUGGUCACCGAACUUUGCAGUAGUUUUCAAAAAACUACUGGGUUGCACGUGAUGUUUCGAAGUAUGUUGUAAUACUGAAUACUUCAUUCACAAUCAAAGUCGGGCUACAGUUGUUUACAAAAAACAUCUGCAAAAGUUUGGUGACUUUUAAUGAAACCGAACUUUGUAACCGUUUUCGAAAACCAUUGACAGGUAUUGAAGCAAGUCUUUAAAUUACCCCUUGACCACAGUGAGAGCUUAAAUAGUUGUAAUGCUACACGCAGACGAGUCAUCUUUCAGUAAAUGCGAGUUGACAGAAGUGAACAUUUCGUAUUGUGUUCGACGGCUAAUUCGUCUCAAGAAACAUGGAUCUGUACGAUGUAUGGAGUCAAAUCAACGUCAGGACAGUCAUCCUCGGAUUUACGAUCUUUGCCUUUCUUUUCUUAUUGGGUCGCCGGCCCAAGAAUCUACCACCAGGCCCGUAUGGCUGGCCUCUACUCGGCUACAUUCCACAGCUAGCUAUGACAAAAGAACCCAUUCACGAUGCAUUGGCAAAGCUCGGUCUAAGGUACAAGUCCCUCAUGAGUUUCUCAGUAGCCAAUCAACUCAUCGUCGUCUUGCAAGAUUAUGACGUCAUGAAAGAAGCCUUUGCGCAGCAUCAACUGAGUGGACGGCCGACCCUCGAGAUCAGACAAAUAACACUCCCUGGAUACGGUGUUCUUUCAGCAUCGGAGGGGGAACCUUGGACUGAGCUAAGACGUUUCUCUGUAACUACCUUAAGAGGGCUUGGAGUGGGGAAGUCAAGUUUCGAAGCCCACAUCACGACAGAGACGAAAUGUCUGAUCGAAGGACUUCACAAAUCAAAAGGGAAAAGAAUCAACCCGAGUCAUAUGAUUGAAAACGCAGUCUCUAACAUCAUCUGCUCAGUGGUCUUCGGUAGAAGAUUCGAGUACACAGACAAAAGGUUUCAGCGUCUUCUCUCGAUUCUCAAUGAAAUGUUUGAGCUCAUUGGGGCGGGUGGAGUAAUUCAAUUCGUACCCAUAUUCGCCAAGAUGCAGUUCCUCCCAAUCGUGAAGAAAACCAUCAGCAUUAAUUUGAGGUUGGACGAAAUUCUGUCUCAGUUGUGUUACACGAGGGAUACCGAAGAUGGGGGAAAUGAUGAGGAUCCGCGAGAUUUCGCGGGAGCUUUCUUAAAGGAGAUGAAUCGUAAGAAGCAGCAAGGUGUACCUACCUACUUAACUCCGGUCACUAUGCAUCACACCUUUGGGGAGCUCUUUGGUGCAGGAACAGAGACCACCUCGACUACACUCCGAUGGGCUUUGCUGUAUAUGAUAGCUUUUCCAGACAUACAGUCUCGAGUUCAGAAGGAACUUGACGAAGCUGUGGGUCGUAACAGACUUCCACGGCUCUCUGAUAAGCCGGAGUUACCGUUUACAGAAGCAGUGCUGAGUGAGAUUCAAAGGAUGGGGAGCAUUGUGCCGCUAGGAGUACCCCAUAGAUGCACUGAGGAUACCAUAUUGAGAGGAUACAGCAUACCGAAAGGCUCCAUCGUUAUCACCAACUUAUGGAAUGUACACAUGGACCCAGUAGAGUGGCCAAAUCCGGAACAGUUCAAUCCUGAGAGAUUUCUGGACGAUGAGGGCAGGUUUCAUCGAAGGGAGAAACUCAUUCCAUUUGGAAUAGGAAGACGGAUCUGCCUGGGUGAACAGCUGGCCAAAAUGGAACUUUACAUCGUGUUCACGUGCCUCCUUCAUCAGUUCACGUUCAAGCCACCAGAGGGCGCCCCAGAUGUUUCAUUCAAAGUGUGUGAUGGAAUAACACGUGCGCCCGAAUCUUUUGAACUGUGUGCCGUUGCUCGUUGAACUGCCUUCAAUUGAAGUAUUACAUUAAGAGUUGCUGAUUCUCGAUAUAAAACAUUUAUUGGUGUGGGUACGAUACAAGGCACUCUGAGUCAAGAUAUGUUUUUAUAACAAAUUGAACUUAUCUUUAUAAUAAAUUUUAUUGAAUUGAAUUUUAAGUCAGAUACUUCCUUAUUAGUGGCUGCGGCUACCGGUUGUGGCUUCUCCUCUAUACAUUUCAAUAAUAGGAGUGUGCAUUAUAUAAGAAACUAUUACAGUGUAAAGUCAUUUACUCAUAUAAAAUUUGUAAAUUGCCGAAAUAUGACACACAACUUGUUUGUUUGCUAAUUAUAAUACAUUUGCUGGCAGUGUAAGCACUUUAUGUAAUCCGCCAUAUACUCGAACUGACAAACCUGUGGAAGUUUAAGAUCGACCGGCCAUCUGGGUCACGACAUAAUUGUGAAAAUCCAUUACACAUUUUUUGCGUGACAUCGAUUCACAAAAAUGAAUAAAACGCUCACCGAACUCCAAACUCCAAACGGGAAAGUUGUUUCUUUACUUCUCAUCAAAUAUGACAUUUCAGACAGAAAUAUUUCAAUGGAUGUUUUCUACGUAAGUCUGUGAGCUUUAGACGUUUCUUACCAAUUAUGUAAUGUUCCUUUAACAAUUAGUUUUGGCUAUAAAACUAGUCUAAUCUAAUAUGAAAAUAAACUUGAAUAAAGCAAAGCUGCUUAACGCAUAUAAUUGUGCUUU